AUGAUGGUACAAGUGUCUGGGAACAAAUUAAAACGAAAAAAAACUGAUCAAAAGUUCAGCUUCAAAGUGGAUAGAUAUUCAGAAGUCCAUGGAAUAACCGACGAAACAACGCCUUAUGAAAUAUUUAGUUUAUUUUUCACUAAAGAGUUGAAAGAUUUUGUUAUCCUUCAAUCGAAUAACUAUGGGAAAGUCGCUACCAAAAACAAGAAAGGCAAACAAGUUUUCAAAGAAAUCACAAAAAUGGAAUUGGAUGCAUUCCUUUCGGUAUCAAUUUCACAAGCCAACUAUCAAGACACAAAGUGUCCACUUUCUUCUUUGUGGAAAUUACUCGCUUCAACGCCAAUGAACACCGGACCCAUCAGCGUUGAAAGGUAUUCUGAAAUAAAGUGGGCAUUACGUUUCGACACAGAGGCGGCAAGCCGAGUUAACCAAAUAUAUUCGGAAGAAGUCCAAGAUGAAGAAAUUGAGGAAGACCAAAUUCAGUGUGUGAAUGAUGAUACUUAUGACCCACUUGAUCAAGUAAUUGAAGUAUCCAGAAAAAGAAUGACGCCAUUAAUUUCUGAUGACCACCGUCCAAUUCCAACAUUCGACCAAAUUGUUGGAGAAAUGGAUGAAACCCAACCAAAAAGUAGUGUUUUUACUCAUAUUAUCCAAGAUACACAAGAUAUAAACCAAAAAAUAAUCGUCACAACACAACAGAAUAUUUUUACACAACCACAUUCUCAGUUCAUUGGUACUCA